CGGCUCUGUCGUGCGCACAGCCAUGCGGCGGCGCGGCGGGCACGGCGACAGCGGCGGCGACAUUGUCCGGGCGGAGGGCAGGCUGGACGUGGCCCAGCACGGGCGGGCCCGGCGCUGGUGGCUGCCAUGGCUGCGCACGCUCCUGCUGGCCCCGCUCCUCACCUACGCCUCCGUGCCCUUCCUCAUCCGCCUCUUCCCCACCCUGCUCCACAAAUUCGUCUACCUGAACUUCUUGGCCUUCCCUUUCUUCGUGGACUUUCGGCGGCCGGAGCUGCUGGUGAACAACACCAUCAGCAUGUACCUGACCACGGAGCCGGGCGUCACAGUUGGCAUCUGGCACACGGUGCCAAGCAGCAGAGGGGCUGAGGCGCAGGGCAAGGACCAGCGCUGGUACGAGGAGGCUCUUGCUGAUGCCCACCCCGUGAUCAUCUACCUGCACGGCAAUGGGGGCACCAGGGCUGCGAGACACCGUAUCCAGUUCUUGAAGGCAAUGGGGGCUGCUGACUUCCACAUCCUGGCUCUCGACUACAGAGGCUAUGGGGACUCCACUGGAUACCCCUCAGAGAAUGGCUUCAACACAGAUGUCCUGGCACUCUAUGACUGGGUGAAAGCACGGAGUGGGAACAGCAGCAUCCUCUUCUGGGGACAUUCCUUGGGGACAGGGAUUGCCACCAAUGCAGCGAGGAAACUGCAGGAGGAGCGAGGGGUCCAGGUUGAUGCCGUUGUCCUGGAGUCUCCCUACACCAACAUCCGAGACGCAGCCGCCAACAUCCCCAUCACCAAGGUCUACCGGCACCUCCCUGGUUUUGAGUACCUCAUCCUGGACUCCAUGGCUCGGGCGGGAAUGUUCUUCCGCAGUGAUGAGAAUGUGAAGGUGCUGGGCUGCCCCCUGCUCAUCCUGCACGCAGAUGAUGAUGGAGUCGUGCCUCCAAAGCUGGGACACAAGCUCUACGAGACAGCACUCAAAGCCUACAAGGACAAAUCCAAGGUGAAGUUAAUCACCUUUCCCCAAAAGCUGGGCUUGGGCCACGACUACAUCUCCUUCCACCCGGAGCUGCCUGCCCUGGUGAAAGACUUCUUAAACAUGAAGUGAUGCCAAUUGCUGCCUGCACUGAUCCCACACUCCCUCAAAUCCACUCCAGGACCCAUCCCCCACCCCGCCAUGGCACUGAACUUACUGCUGUAAGUAAUAAAAACUACUUAGAAACUUUUAAAUCA